UGUGGGACUGCUAAAAAAAAACUUCGUUUUCAAAUCUCUUGAAUAAAAUUUUGGGCUGAAAUAACAUUUUUGGUGAUUUGAUUUCAAUUUUCAUCUUCAUCGCAAAAAUGAAACUCGUCUCCUUGUUCGUUUCCGUCUACGUAACAGCCGUCUGUUGCCAAUCUGUUUCCAAAGCUGACUGGAAAUCGUACAAGAUGAAACACAACAAAAUUUACUCCAAAGGCGAAGAUGACGUUCGCAAUGCCAUUUUCCUCGCUAAAGACAAACAACUGAAACUGCAUAACAGCCAAGGCCAUUCCUACCAGCUGGAGCACAACAAAUUCUCAGACUUGAGUCACGAGGAAUUAACAAGAUAUCUCGGUCUCAAUGCUUCUUUGGCCCCUUCCGCUCGGUUUCUGCAAUCCUUCAAUGUCGAAUUCGAAAAUCGCGCCCUUCCUACUAGUCUGUACUAUCACAACGACACCUGCAUGCCACCGGUCAAAGAUCAAGGAGGGUGCGGAAGUUGUUGGGCUUUCACGGCUAUUACUCCGCUAGAGUUUGCCCAGUGCAAGAAUAAAACCAAGUCCGUUGUUUUACUGAGCGAACAGCAACUUGUCGACUGCGAUCAAAUUAACGGAGGCUGCACUGGCGGUUGGUACACCGAUGCCUGGGACUACCUCAUAGCGGCCAAAGGAUCGGCCGAACAGUCAUUCUACCCAUACACAGGAGUUCAAGGCACUUGCAAAUAUUGCCCAGAGUGUGCCUGUAUGAUCGGAGCCAAGGUGUCCACGUACGGAUACGUCCGAUCCAACAAUGCGACGGCCAUGCAAAUUGCCCUGCAGAAGUACGGGCCCCUCGCUGUAGCCAUCGCAGUGGUCAAUCCCUUCUUCUCCUAUUCGAGUGGCGUUUACACGGACAAAACUUGCGAUACAGCGAAUCUGAAUCACGGCGUCGUCGUGGUCGGUUGGGGUAUUCUCAACAAAGUCAAGUACUGGAUCGUCAGGAAUUCGUGGGGACCCGGAUGGGGACUCAAAGGCUACAUUUUCAUCCAGCGCGGAGUCAACAAGUGCAAAAUGGAGCUUUAUCCCGCUUACGUUGUGCCGGCGGCCUCAUAACUCGCGUCUUUCUCGCUAGUUCAAACUGCAAUAUACCGACAGGCUUUGUUCUUUUUUGUCAUUUUAUUUCCUGCUGAUCGGUACGAAU